GGUGAAGUAGAGACGCUCAGUCCGCGGGUGCGCGACACACCAGCGUGGACGCUUUCCACGCUGCCGCCCACAGACUCUCGUGCACCUGAUGUCAACUUCAUACGAUGGCUGCAACGCGUCACGGUGCGUGAUUCAUGUCUUCGAUGGCAGAAUAGCAGACUCCAUCUUCUCUGUGACAACCCCACGAUGAGGUAGAUGCCCGGAGUGAGGCUUUCCCAGCGCGGAGGAGCUGACGGUUAAUGAGAGGCCUUCAUCGUCACCAUGCCCCCAGGGAAGUAUGGGAUGCAGGAGGAGUGGGAGCGGGACUCCGAGCAAGGCAUCAAAAUGGACUUCCUCUUGCCCACUGGCAUCUAUCUCACAUUCCCUGUCUCUCACAAGGACACCAUCAAGAGCAUCAAAACGAUGGUUUGGGAAAAGGCCAGAGGGGAGGCACUGUUCACGGCCCUGGGUCAGCCAGAUGCAUAUGUCUUCACUUGCAUCAAGCGGACGGGCGAGAGGGAGGAGCUGGAGGAGGAGUCAAGGCGUAUAAGUGACGUGCAGCCCUUCAUGGGUGUUUUGCGACUGGUGGCCAGGGAGGGUGACCGCGUUGAGAAACUCACCAAUAGCCAAAUCAGCUUUUUGAUUGGCAAAGGUCUGCAUGAAUUUGAGGCCCAAAAGAACCAUGAGGUGAGCGAGUUUCGGACCAAGAUAAGAGCGUUCUGUGAGGAGAAGGCUCAACAGCGGCAGGCAUCGCCAUGGCAACAGUGGAUUACAUACAUGUUCCCGUGUGACCUGGAGCCAUGCUGCUCUCUGCCGAUGUGUGGAAAGUCACAAAACACCAAGAUGUUCAUCAACAUCAAGUUUGAGGCUUGUGAUGAGAGCUUCAUGGUGCAGCAGGAACCGCAGGACCUGCCACUGGCUCUGAUAAGGAGUGCCCUGAAGAAGAAGGCCACUGUCUUUCGCUCGCUGCGUCAAGAGCCCGAGGAUUACACCUUGCAGGUCAACGGCAGGUGGGAGUUCAUCUAUGGAAAACACCCCUUGUGCCAAUUUAAAUAUAUUUUCUCCUGUUUGAGAACUGGCCAAAACCCUCAUCUCACCGUGGUGCACCACUCCACCAUCAGCAAGUACCAAGAGGAGCAUGGGAUGAUGUGUAGUCAGAUGUGCAAGAGUCGGUCUUUGUCCAGACCGCCUCCUCUGCCUGUCAAGAAGCAGAACACAACCUCUUUGUGGUCCAUCCAUGAACCAUUCUACAUCCACCUGCUGCAGGGCAGCCGAGUCAAUGCCGAUGAAGGAAUGAAGCUUGUGGUUCAGGCUGGCCUCUUUCAUGGCAGUGAGCUGCUCUGCAAGGUGGUGACCAGCUCCGAGGUGGCAGUGUGCUCUGAGCCGUCAUGGGACGAAAAGGUGGAGUUUGAUAUCAAUGUGGAGGACCUGCCUCGCAUGAGCCGCCUGUGCUUUGCCCUCUAUGCCGUCUUCGACAAGGCCAAAAAGCCCAGAGGGACCAGAAAGAAAAAUAAGAAAGCGGAUUGUCCAAUAGCCUGGGGGAACACCAUGGUGUUUGACUACAAGGACCAGCUGAAAACCGAUGAAGUUCUUUUGUCCACAUGGCCAUCUGUUCCUGAUGACAAAAGUGACCUGUUGAAUCCGAUGGGAACAGUUGAGAAGAAUCCCAAUGUUGAUAGUGCAGCCGGGCUUCUCAUUCGCUUCCCGAACAUCAGGCCCCAUCCUCUUUACUAUCCUCCGCUGGACAAGAUAAAUAUUAUGGAGACAAACGGCGAUGGAGCUGUCGCAACAAAAGAAGAGAACAUCAAGCUGAAAGAAAUAAUGGACAACAAAAACUACACCGAAUUCUUUGAAGACGAGAAGGAGCUGUUGUGGAAGCUCCGCACGGAAGUCAGAGAGCAUUAUCCCGAAAGUCUUUCCAAGCUGCUCCUCAUCACCAAGUGGAAUAAAAGAGAGGAUGUGAUCCAGAUGGUGGGUCUUCUGAGAAGCUGGCCAGAGCUUCCUGCUAUCCUUGCUUUAGAGCUCUUAGAUUACAGUUUUCCAGAUCCUGCGGUCCGUUCUUUCACCAUCCGAUGCCUCAGAAAGCUCAGCGAUGAUGAGCUACUGCAGUAUUUAAUCCAGCUGGUCCAGGUCCUUAAGUAUGAGUCCUAUCUAGACUGUGACCUGACAACGUUUCUGCUGGAGAGGGCCUUAUUCAACAGGAGGAUCGGGCACUUUCUCUUUUGGCAUCUCAGGUCAGAGAUCCACGUGCCCUCUGUCAGCUUAAGGUUUGGCCUGAUUCUUGAGGCCUACUGCAGGGGCAACAUCCACCACAUCAAGCUCUUAACCAAACAGAAUGAGGCUCAGGGCAAAAUGAAGGUCCUCAGUGACUUUGUCAAAUCAGGUCCCCAGAAGAUGAAUGCUGAGGACCUGAAGCUGUUCAUCAGAAAGGAGUCAGACGCUUUGUCCAACCUACUGUCACCGCUCAACCCCAGCAUCGUCCUCGCUGAGAUCUGUGUAGACAAGUGCCGAUUUAUGGACUCAAAGAUGAAACCACUCUGGUUUAUGUAUAAGACUCCCUGGACUCAAGGAGACAUGAUGGGCAUCAUCUUCAAAAAUGGCGAUGAUCUUCGACAAGACAUGUUAACCCUCCAGAUGAUUCAGCUCAUGGAGAAUUUGUGGAAGAAAGAAGGACUGGAUCUCCGAAUGAUCCCAUAUGGCUGCUUAUCCACUGGGAACAAGAUGGGCUUUAUCGAGGUGGUGAAGAGCUCAGACACCAUCGCCAAUAUCCAACGAAACAACAGCAACAGUGCCGCAACUGCUGCCUUUAACAAGGACGCCCUGCUCAACUGGCUCAAAUCUAAGAAUCCAGAAGACAAACUGGAACAAGCAAUCGAGGAGUUUACGCUGUCUUGUGCUGGCUACUGCGUAGCAACUUACGUUUUGGGCAUCGGGGACCGUCACAAUGACAAUAUCAUGAUCAGGGAAACUGGACAGUUGUUUCACAUAGAUUUUGGACAUUUCCUGGGCAAUUUCAAACGGAAACUGGGCAUCAACAGAGAGCGUGUGCCUUUUAUUUUGACAUACGACUUUGUCCAUGUGAUCCAACAAGGACGGACGAACAACAGUGAGAAGUUUGAGAGGUUCAGGGAAUACUGCGAGCGGGCAUAUAAAAUUCUGUGUCGGAAUGGGACACUGUUUGUCAACCUCUUUGCGAUGAUGAAGGCAGCAGGACUGCCUGAACUCUCUUCCUUCAAGGAUAUUCAGUACCUAAAGGACUCUUUAGCUUUGGGCAAAUCAGAGGAAGAAGCGCUGAAGAAUUUCAAAGUAAAGUUCAAUGAGGCUCUACGAGAAAGCUGGAAGACCAAAGUCAACUGGAUGAUGCACUCUCUGGCCAAAGAUAACAGACCAUAAAGUAUACCCAGGCGAAACUAAAAUGACAAUCUUACAAACAGAAAAGGCAAGCGAUCACAAUGGGACAUUUUACAAAUGGUGUUCGAUGAUUGUUUACAAUUGUUUGCCUCCAUUGUGUGAAAUAAUAGGCAACCAAGGACACUGAAAUAAUGGUUGGAAUCAGAGAUGAAUCAUCCUCAACUUUGCACUAUACAAAGUACGCUGUCUUUUUUGGACUAGAGUAAGGAUACGAUCAGAUUUAGUUGUAUUUUAUUUAAUGUUAAACAUUUGUACAAACAUAUUUUUGAAGGUGUUUUACUGCUGUUUAAGUUCAUAUGCAGUGUGUUGCUUUUUCAGUGCCACUAGUUGGGAAGAUUUGAUAAUGGUGUUUAAUUGAUUCAUUCAAGAGUAAGGCCUUUAGUUUGUGUGAAUCAGAUUGUGUUGCACUGUGUAAAACUUUGUUUAAAAAGUUAGAAAGUUUAUUAGUAUUAUUACUGAAUGUAUUUUCUAUUCAUUGGUGCCACGGACAGAGAUUAGACUGAUGAGACAUGUUGAAGUGCACAGCAAAGAAACAUACACUCGCAUCAUUUCAUCAACUAUGAAAGGAUGCAACUUUUGAGUAUAUUUUAAUGCGAUGCAGUAUUCUUUGUCUGAUUGCGCAUUUCUUGAUUUCUGAUAAUGAAGUCGCAUUUUGACCGUAUUUCUAUGA